AUGAUCAGUGAAUAUGCGGAAGGUGGAAAUUUUAGUGAUUGGAUGAGAAAGAAUCAUGAAGAUUUUGAGUGGAAAAAUAAAAUAGAUACAUUAUCUGAUAUAAUUGAUGGUCUUCUGGUUAUUCAUCAAAUUCAGAUGGUUCAUCGUGAUCUUCAUACUGGAAAUAUAUUAUUUAUGUACGAUAAUAAUGAUGAGAGUCAUGGGACCAAUAUAUUUAUUUCAGAUAUGGGAUUUAGUGGAAGAAUUGAUGAUAAAGAUAAAAACAACGUUUAUGGAGUUAUGCCUUAUGUAGCACCCGAAGUGUUAAGUGGUAAACCUUAUACGCAAGCAGCGGAUAUAUAUAGUUUUGGUAUGAUCAUGUAUUUUAUAAUGACAGGAAGACAACCUUUUGCGAAUCAUGCUCACAAUGAGGUUUUAGCAUUUAAUAUAAUCAAUGGAUUGAGACCUGAAAUACACGAGUUUGAAGAACCAAAAUGUUAUAUUGAUUUAAUGAAAAAGUGCUGGGAUUCUAAUCCAGAAAAUAGACCAAAUUUAACUGAAAUUGCCGAUUUAGCAGAUUCAUUUGAAGAAUCAUUUACCGCUUCAAAAAAAACGUGUCAUUAUGAAUAUGAAAAACAAUUUAGAAUAGCAGAAAAACGUAGGUUAUAUCUUUAUUAUGAUAAACAACAUCCUCAAGCUAUUUAUACAUCACGAUUACUUAAUCCUUAUACGAAAGAUAUUCAAAAGUAUGAUAAUAACCUUAAUGAAUUUAGUGAUGAUAUUGCAGUUGAAACUUUGUUAUUGCAAGAUGUGGAGAAUCCAAAGUAUAAAAGUAAUGAAUUUAGCGACAGUAUUGCGGUGGAAGAUUUUUUAUUACAACAUGUGACACAAUUAUGAUAAUUAUUACUUGCGUAUUUAUUAUUUAGCAUUAUUGAUUCUUCAUAAUACUGUAUAUUAAUCUUCUAUUAAUGAAUUAUUAAAAUGUGAUAUACUAAUAAAAUCAAAUCACUUAUAUAUUUCAUAUAUUUCACUAAAAUUUCGAUUG